AUGGACGGCUUACCUGGGCAUCUCCUAGACAUAAUUCUAUUCAGGAUAGAUCCCAGAUCUCUGGCGAUUUUGCGAUGCACAAAUAGAUCUCUCAAAUCGCAUAUAUACGACCCGGUUUUUGAAUCUGAGUUUUUUUCUCUGAUCAGAUCCGGUGUGCUUCAUAUAUCCACCUUCGGCUCAACUAAGCUCUGCUACCACCCUCACGGCGAUUCUAGGUCACUGAGAAUCAAAGAUACUGCAAUGAUGUGUCAUAUCUUGGGCUCUUGCUCUGGCCUUCUUCUACUCUGCAUCAAGGAAGACCUAUGCGUCGCAAAUCCCCUUACGAAGAAGUUUCAAUUUUUGAAACCCUCUUUGUUCAUGAAGAGUCGAGGACUUUUUCGUGGGGUUAACACAGAGCACAUCAUGUUAUGGCCAAGACUUGUUCGUCACAUCGGGUUUGCAGUUCAUCAAAUUGAUCGAACCACGUGGAGUUUCAAAAUCGUCCACAUGAUUCAGGAAGAUGAAAAACCCGAUAAAAGGAGGUAUAGCUUUGAGAUUAACGCGGGAGAUUCAUGGAGACGUUCGAAAACGACGAUUACUUGCGACUCAAGCAAUCUCGAUGAGCGUAUAAGAAACCCUGUUUUCUUCGACAGAUCUCUUCACUGGCUAAGAAACGACGGAAGCAUAGUAGCUUUCAACCCCGAAACAGAGCAAGCACGACUGGUUCCGAUCAAAUUCCCCGAGGGAAUGAGUCUGAAAACGCUCUUCGCCGCAGGGGAUAUUAGCCUAUCUUUGAUAUCGGCGACGAAGGAAGCCAUUUAUGUUUAUGCCCUUGAGAAUAUUCUCAGUGAUGAUCCCAAGUGGGUCGUCGUCACACAAAUCAGGAACGUACUGCUCAAUGCAAACAUGCUUGGUUAUUGGAACCUAGAGGCUUACGACGGGAAGCGUCUAGUGUUGAGGGAAGAUAGGAGGGUUAACGAGGACCGAGUUUACUACCGAGUGGUUCAUGUGUACGACCUGAGUGCUAACAAGUGGGUAGUUUUGGGUUCGGUCCCAACGUGGGCCGAUGCACAUCGAAAUAUUUUUCAGUUUACACCUUCCUUCUCUUCUGUGGUAGGACUUGAUCAGAAAUUGGCUUGUGAUGAUAAGCGUAUCUCCUCCCUAAGCACGAUUAUGGCACUGAUUGAUGAUGGAACCUCAUCAGAAGAAGUGGAGAAGCAACUUAGGAAAAGAUCGGUUGAAGCAGAAGAGAAGAGAGUGGUGAGGAAGAAGCGGGAAAGCAACUUAGAAAAAGUUCGGUUGUGGACAAAUUCGUAUGAUGUUUCUUUGGUUUAUGAACCAUGCGUUUAA